GUGGUGGACGUGGGCGGGGAUUGGAGUCAGGUGGUGGACGUGGGAGGGCGUCGGAGUUCGGUGGUGGACGUGGGCGGGCGUCGGAGUCCGGUGGUGAACAUGGGAAGGCGUUAGACUCUAGUGGUGGACAUCAGCGGGGGUCGGAAUCUGGUGCUGGAUGUGGGUGGGCAUCAGACUCCAAUGUUGGAGGUGUGCGAGCAUCAGGAGCUAGUCAUGGUCAUGGAAGGGGCAAGGUUUUAGAGUUGAGUCCUGGGUUUAGUAGGACAUUAGGUCGAGGAUAUGCUGGGAGUAGUAGUCGUACUGGUAACGCUGAUCCCAUGGCUGACAUGCAGGGGGCAUUACGACGUCAACUGAGGGCAUUUCGACGUCAAAACGAGGACAUCCACCAUGAGGGUUAUGAGGGAUCCGAGCAUGGGUUUAACACAGUUAGAGAUCAUGCCGAGUCUGAUGAUGGUGGUGAUUAUCAUGAGGACACAAAUGAGACUCAACUUGCCUCUAAUGCUCAAAAUGCGCCUCAUGCAGCCGCGCCUCAUGAUCACCCUCAAAGACAAUUUAUCUUCCGGGUUGGGAAAAGGUUUGCGAACGGUAAAGUUCAUAGGGCGAUCAGAACUUUAUUUAACGAGUGUUUUGAUGGAGCUUGGGCAACAUACAGAGAAGUCCCUACGGAACUAGUCGACCGCAUGUUUGAUCGAUUUAGGACACGUUUUAAUUGGGAUCAAGCAAAUGAUGAAGCCAUUAGAGAAGGAUUCGAGAAUGUGCUAAAGCGUCGUUUCGCAGACAUAAUGUCGGAUUACCGAAAGGAAUCAGCAAAGAAGGCUAGGGUAGCUGGGUAUGAUUUCCCAGAUGAUAGGCUUGAUUUUGAAGCAAUGCGUAAAUUUCCUCCUCGCUUUGUGCACCUUGAUGUAUGGGAUGAGUUGUGCAUGGGUUGGAACACAGAGGCGUGGCGAAAGAAGUCUGAGAAAGGGAGAAAUAACCGUAAGAAAGUUGACAAUGACGAUGUGAUAUCUCGACAUACAGGGGGGUCUAGGGGCUAUGAUGAACACCGCAUCAUCUUGGAACGAGCAUUAGGCCGGCCACCCACAUUUAGGGAACUCUUCCUUGCAACCCAUCUUACCAAAGAGUCGAAGAAAGAUUUUUGGGAUGGAUUGUUUGAUGAAAGCUUGGAGGGGGAUGAGUUUUGUACAGCUAGAUCCAGAUUAGCAUAUGAGGCAUACGACAGAUCCAUGGUCGAGAAGUACGGGGAAGACGUCUUGCUACAUCCGGUCGGUGAUGCUGAUUUGUGGGAGCGUGCGCAGGGAAGGAGUGGAUUUGGGAUAGGAUCUUCGGAUCCACGUUUCAUCGUUAAUGGCACGCCAUCAUCAUCAUCUGGGUCUGCGUCCUAUGCUGACUUCCAGCGCUCACAAGAGCAGGUGCAAAACUUGCAAUCUCAAGUGGAUAUGUUGCAUAGCCGAGUUGAAGAGGCACAACAACAAGUGAGAGAAGAAAUGAGAGAAGAAAUGCAACGAUUGCCGAGCUAUUGAAACAAUUUGGUAAUCAAGGCAAUUCUCCAUCCUAGUCUAGGUUAAGUCUAUUGUCUUUUGUGGUUGAACUUCCAAUUUGACAAGCGUAUCAUAUUUUGUGGGGAACUUGUAAUUUGACAACGGUGUCGUAUUUUUGUGGAUAAUCUUGUAACUUGAUAACGGUGUCGUAUUUUGGGGAUAAUCUUGUAACUUGAUAACGGUGUCGUAUUUUGGGGAUAAUCUUGUAACUUGAUAACGGUGUUGAAUUUUGUUGUUGAAAU